ACAGAUUAAAACAUAACAUGCCAACAGGCAGAGUAGAAGAUGUCCCUUCUGGGACCUUACAGUCACUUUCAUUCAAAAUGCCUGAAGGGUUCAAAAGUAAGGUUGUGGCACCUCGGAAUCCUAAACUUGUGAAAAGGGAUGAACAAUGCAGCAAGCUGACUCCAUCUAUGUUUAUGAAGGAAAUGUCUCUUACAACAGAACAAAAGCUAGCUAACACUCAUGAGAUGUACCCACCCCGUGUCAUUGAGAUUUUAGACAUGAGUGAAACAACCUAUCAGAAGUCUUCUUUUGUGGAGCCUGACCAGACCAUGUUUCAGCCCUUCCCAUCUGAAAUUGUUUUUCAGAACUUUGUGCCCUGUGAGACUUAUGAAGUACCUUUGAUUCUAAGGAACAAUGACAAGGUUCCACGGCUAGUGAAAGUAGUGGAAGAGAAAUCACCUUACUUUAGUGUCAUUUCUCCAAAUGAUGUGUGCAAUAAAGUUGCUCCUGGAAUGGCAUCAGUAUUCCGAAUUCAGUUUUUCCCUGAGGAGAACAAGGACUAUGGCCAUGAACUUAUUUGUAUCACAGAAAAAGAGAAGUUUGUCAUUCCUAUACGAGCCGUUGGAGCAAGGGCAAUGCUGGAUUUUCCUGACCAAGUGAAUUUCUCUUCUUGCCCAGUAAAAUAUAACUCUCAAAAAACAUUACUUGUGCGCAAUGUUGGAAACAAAGAGGCUAAAUUUCAUCUUCAAACAGUGAGCCCUUUCACAGUGCAGCCAAAGCAUGGAACCUUAGCAGUAGGAGAAAGUGCACAGGUGGCAGUGGACUUUUUGCCCCAGCAAAUAGGAGAUUACUCCGUGGAUAUGGUAACACACUUAGACACUGGAGAAAAUAUUUACACCAACUUAUGUGGGGCUGCAAUAGAUAUGAACGUCAGACUUGAGAAAAACUCAGUAAUGAUAGAAAAGACUUACCUCUCUAUGGCCAAUCAAAGAUCAGUAAACAUCAGCAACAGAAGUGACUUCAUUGUGCAUUUCCAGUGGAAGGCUUUCGCAACUCAGGAAGAGGAAGACCAUCAAAAGUUAAGGUUCUGCUCUGAUCUGAAGCAUGAAGAGCAGGAAGAGACUGAAAGGUUCCUACUUGAGUGCACUGCAGAUCCAACUCUUCACGAGCGCAUUUCUAUUCUCUCACGUACCUUUAUGAAUCGUCGUCGAAUGGUGGACGAUGACACAAUGCUUUUCUCUGAUGACAUUAUUUCUCUUGAGCCUGUGGAAGGUGACAUUUGGCCAAAUUCUUCAGCUGAAAUUAAUGUGAUCUUCAAACCUAGAGAGGCAAAGAUUUAUCAGUACACUGUCUACUGUGACAUUACAGGUCGUGAAACUCGCCUUCCACUCCGUAUCAAAGGGGAAGGUAUUGGACCCAAAGUAACUUUCAGUUAUGAUGUACUAGACAUGGGGAAUAUCUUUGUUGGUGCAAAACACAGUUACGAGAUUAUUUUAGCCAACAAAGGUGAGAUUGAUGCAAUAUUUAGUGUGGUUUCCCCACCCACUGUGUUUGGACAAUGUUUUAUGUUUAAUCCCAAUGAAGGCAUCAUACUACCACGAGGUCAUCAAGCCAUGGAGGUCACCUUUCAAUCCAGUAUUCUGGGAGAUUUUGUUGAGGAUUUUUUCUUCUCUGUUGAUGGCUCUCCUGAUAAAAUAAAAGUGACUUUUAGGGGCUGUGUAAUUGGACCAACCUUCCACUUCAGCAUGCCAGCAUUAAAUUUUGGAGAUGUAUCAUUCGGAUUUCCUCAGACACUGACUUGCUCACUUAGUAACACUUCUUUGGUACCAAUGACCUUUCACUUACAUGUGCCAGGAGAUGGCCCAGGGGAUCAAAGUAUAACCAGUUUUGAUUGGGUGUCUGACAGUGGGAGAAGAAGUCGGAGGAAUAUGGAACAACGAAGAAUAAAGCCGAAAGAGUUCACCAUCAUUCCUGACCAUGGGAUGCUCCGUCCCCAAGGGCUAAUAGAUAUUCAGGUGACACUAUGUUCCAAUGAAAUGAGACAGUAUGAGUUAGCCUUGGUAGUUGAUGUGGAUGGCGUGGGACCUGAGGUGCUGGCUGUUCCAAUUAUUGCAAGGUGCAUUGUACCUCAUGUAAAUUUACUGAAUCCAGUUAUUGAAUUAGGACGCUGCUUUCUGAGAUACCCAUACCAACACAUGCUGAAAUUGGCCAAUGAGACAGAUUUUCCUGCAUGCUAUGGCGUUAUUCCACAGGAAUUUGAAGAUCAACCUGCAGUAGUGUUUUCUAGUCCACAGCCCCGCAGGAUAAUCGGCCCUCAUACAACGGCAGAGAUCCUCCUGGUGGUGGAGGCCCACCUUAUUGGAGAGCAGGAUGCUGUGGCAUAUUUGACUAUUUUUGGAAGUGAGAAGCCACCAAUGGGUGUUCAUCUGCUGUGCAUUGGAGAGGGACCAGUUGUCCAUGUGACCCCAACAGAACUGGAUUUUGGCAAGAUUCCUGUUUUAACAGACAUUUCACGGACACUACACUUAUCUAAUCAGUCUCCAAUUCCUGCUCCAUUUCUGGCACAGAUGGUUCGCACUCAUUCUCAGUGGAGUAUUCAUCCCAGUGAGGGUGUGAUCCCAGCAGAGGGGGAGCUGAAUGUGACAUUAGUUGUACACUUGGAUGACACACUUGGAUUUGAGGACAAGAUGCACCUGGCAGUUAAGGACAGUCAAACGUAUUCCAUUCUGGUCAAGGCUUUUGGUGUAGGGACAACCAUAGUAGCAGACAGACCACUUGCACCAGCUCUUAACCUGGGUGCACACUACAGCUCUGGCCCUUGUCGCUAUUACUUUAAACUAACAAAUAAAGGCCGUCGCUUCCAGCGGCUUUACUGGAUGACUGAAGGGUUUCCACAGUUUCGCAAACACAUCUUUGGAAGCAGUGAUGUCAAAGGCAAAGGUUCUUUACCGUCUCUCGAGCUUCCAAAGCCCACAUUUAGAUUAUACCCUGUUCGAAUGGAGCUUCAUCCUGGGGAGGCUAUUGAUGUAAUGUUGGAAGGCUCUUCAGACACCCCCAGGGUUGUCAAGGAAAGGCUGCUAUGUCAUGCCAUCAUAGGCAGACAAUCUGGGAAGGAGAAGAUAAUGACAGUUGAUGUGACCUGUGAGUUCAUUGCUCCUGUUCUACAACUUUCAACCCAACAGCUCACUUUCAGCAUAAAAAAGCUCCCUAGUGAUGUGCUGCUCUCCCAAUACAAGCCUCUCAUUUUGAAAAGUGUUUCAAGUCUUCCAAUGAGCAUUCUGCUUUCCUUAAAGGAACCAUUUGCAAUAUGUGACAAGCAAGGAGCUGGUAUCCCUGAAUCAACCAAGGCUAUCAGACUCAGUGUAAAUGAAGAGGUGGAGCUGUCUGUAAAGUUUGAUCCCACCUAUAAAGAUGACUUCUACUCGUGGGUAGCAGAGGAAAUUCUCACAAUUCAGUACCACGAGCAUCCACAUCGGGAGUAUGUGUCACUGCGUGGUGAGGUGCAUUUCCCAAAUCUCUAUUUUGAAAGUAUGGUUGUGGACUUUGGCUGCAUCUUAAAUGAUACUGAAGUUGUACGGCACAUUGAGAUGACUAACUGCAGCCCACUUCCUGUCAAGUUCCAUUGGUCUUUCUUGCUGGAUGAUUGGGAGAGCCAAAUCAGAUCAUCUUUAAAAUCAAGUAAGAUGUUAAAUGAAAGCCAUGAGGCAAAAGGCCAUGAAUCUGGUAUGGGUAGACAAUUGUUCCAGAGGGCACCUGCAGCCAUAGCUGAUUCCAACAGAAGAACAGAAGUCUUCAAGCCUCCUGAAGGUGAUUUAGAAGGGAGAGAGAAGACCGAUGCAGAAAAUGAGACUCGGGAGGGAAGAGGCUCCCCCAAAGAGACGUUGUCUGACUUCCCUCUUCAGCAUUCUAUGAGAGAGGAAGAAGUGAAACUGUUGGAAAAUUUAAAACGAGACAACAAUUUACGAUUUAUGGAACCAGAUAAGGAAGGAGGGCUGGUUAUUUUUAACCAGACAGAUUACAAAAAUGUUUUAACCAAAAUUCUGGCACAGGACAGUACUUACAGUUCAGCAUCUUACAAUGAGAUACAGACUGCUUACCACAGGAUUGACUCGCUUUUGGAAGAAUAUUUGGUGUUUGAUAUUUUGCCACUAUAUGGCCUGCUUCAGCCAAAUGAGAUCCAGAAGGUGGAGCUCACUUUCUAUGGGCAUGCAAAUAUCACUGGGCAAGUAACGGCUCUGUGUGAAGUAGAAGGUGGGCCCACGUACAAGAUCCAGCUAAAAGGAGAAGCAUCUCUUGUUUGCUAUGCCUUUGAUAAGAAGGAAAUUGAUUAUGGACACCAGCUAUUUGAUCAUGUUACUGAGGCAGAGAUCACUCUGGCCAAUAAGGGACAAGUUGGCUUCAACUUCAGUGUGCUAAAUACACAUCAGGAUCAAAGUCCGAAUGGCCCACAACCUGGAGUUCCAUUUGUGGUGCCUCCUUCUGGCUUCAUCAAAGCACAUGAGCAGUAUACUUUGAAAGUGUUUUACUUGCCUGGUGUACCUGAAGCUUUUCACAAGACCUUUGAGAUACAGGUGUCUCACUUUGAGCCAGACAUAAUCAGUCUCAUGGGAGAAGGUAUUUUCCCAAGAAUCACCUUGGACCUUCCUAGAAACAUUAAAGGAAACGAGAAUUACUUGGGUUUCUUAAAAAGGGCAAAAGAAACUCUGGAGAAUGUGACUUACAGGGAAGAAGUCUUCAGUCGUCCUCAAACAGUUGGAGAUCAGUCUGCUGUUGAAUCCAUCUCUUCACAUGAUGUCCUGCUGCAAAUGGAGAUGGAGAGACUUAUCAUCAGAGAGCACGCACUGGAGCAGCAAUCUGUUAUCCUGUCAUCUCAGAGUGACAAUGCAUUCACAAGUCAAAAAGCCCUCAGGAAGCUUGUCAAAGCUCAGCUUCCAGAAUAUAUUCUUGAUUUUGGUUAUGUUGUCCAUGGCACUGUUAAAACCCACAUUGUCAAGGUAACAAAUACAGGUGUGCUACCAGUAUCAUUUCGCACCGAUCGACAAUGCUUUAGCCAGACAGGUUUCACCACAGAACUGGAUCGAGUGCUUAAUCUACCUUACUGUGAAACUGAAACCUUUGAGGUGAGAUUUGAUCCCCGUGGUGCCAAUCUCAGCCUUGGAGUGGCAGAGACCCGUAUGCCUCUUAAGACAACUGGUGGCCCAAUUGUUCACAUCCUCUUGCGUGCUGUAGUAACAAUGCCAUUCCUCACUGUGUCCAGUGACAAGCUGGAAUUUGGUGCAAUACAGUGUGGUCAGUGUCAAGUAUUAACUAUUCAGCUUUACAACCCUCUUCAAGUUGAAUGUGAGUGGACCAUCAGUGAUCAACAGAAACAGAAGAAACAGCCCAGUAAACACAUGCCUGUGUAUCUUCAACGAAAAAUACUUCAGGACAUGAGACCCAAACUGAAGGCUUUUGAAAUGUUGCCACCGAAUGGUAGACUGUUACCUGGGCAGCGAAUGAAUAUUCAGAUUAAGUUCACCCCAAAAGAGGAAAAAUUAUACAAUCAACGUCUGACAUUAUAUAUAGCUCAAAGUAGCCACAGGGUGAUGCUGCUUGCCCAGGGUCAAGGCUUGGAGCCACAGCUUAAUUUUACACCAGCAGUUUUGGAGUUUGGACCUGUCUUGCCAUACAGUCCUGGGGAAGAAGCUGACAUAUUGGUGAAAAAUCCAUGCAACUUUCCAAUUGAGUUUUAUUCUCUAGAGUAUGAUAAGCAGUACAUUGAAGAAGAAAAGAUUCUACGAAUGAUGAAGGGUUAUGAUGCACAGAAUACACUGCUGCUCCCAACACGAGGUGUAGGGGAGAAAUUACCCCCUGAGCUAUUUGAGUACUAUGAAGAGCAGAAGAGGAUCCGGGAGGAACAGAUGAAGAACAGAAUCACUGAGGCCACAGUGCAUGAAAGUGGUUUAAGAGUCGUGGAUGAAGAUGAUCAUCUUUCUGAGUUCAGUGAAAAGCAAGAAGUUCUGGCAGCCAUUUCUACCCCAAAUAUUGGUGCAUCUCCUAGACCAGACAAGAAGAGUAUAGAUGGGGAAGAUGAAACUGAAAAGCUACAUGAGCCAGUUGACAGAACAGUGAGUGGCAGAAGCAGCAUUAACACCAGAGUUGGAGAGCUUGAGAGUAACCCAGUCUCCAAAGCAAUAGCCAGGCACCUUGGGAUCGACCUUUCCCCAGAAGGACUAGCAGCACGGAACCGAAGAGGCAUUAGUAUCAUUGUGCAUGGAGCUCCACUUUCAGGCAAAACCAAUACAGCUAUUACCUUGGCAAAGCAUUAUGGUGCUGCCUGCUUAACAGUUGAUGGUAUUAUCCUUGAAGCUAUUUCAAAUGGGAACACACCAACUGGCCUUCGUGCUCGAGAACUGUGUGCCAAAGCAGCAGCUGAGCUAGCACUUCAUGAAGCAGAUGAGGCAGCUAUAUUAACCCUUACAGCUGAAACAUCCAAUCCACCACCUCAGCAAGCACAAACACCAGGCCUGAGUAUAGAAGCUGUGGCCAAGCACACCUUUGAGGGCAGCCAAGUCUCAGAGAAUACCAGAACUGGGCUCCACUCUGCCAUCUCCAAAGGAAAUAAAACCAGUAUUGUUGGAGGUAAAGGAAGAGCAGAUGUGCCCAUCACCCAAUCAAAACAGCAUCAUCAGGAAUUGACAGGAUCACAGGGAUGUAGUACACCUUUUCCUUCUGGCCUGAUCCAACGACGCCUCAGUGUUAGUGCCAGUGUGGCAGGUGAGGCAGGUUUGUUGAGCUGUGUUCUUCCCAGUGACCUUCUGGUGGACAUUCUGGCAGAAAGACUUCAGUUGAGUGAUUGUCAUCGAGGAGUAGUGUUUGAUGGACUGGAGACCCUCUAUAGUCGAAGUCUUUCCAGCACUCUUCAGUGUAUCCUGAGAGCAGUGAAUAACAGACGUUAUAUUUUUUUCAUUAACCUCAAGCAGACUUAUGCCUCCAUGAAUGCUAGAGAGAAAGCCAAGAGAGAGGAAGAAGAGCACCUAUUAAAAGAAAAACAGGAAAGAGAAAGGAUAUUUCUGAAAGAGAUGGAUGAGGAAGAAUAUGAUGCUAUGUCUGAAGAAGAGAAAGCUGAAGUUGACCGCCGUCGACUGGAAGAACUUCGUGCACGGAAGAAGAGGGAACAGGAAGAGAAACUUGCUAAAGAGCUAGAAUACAAGAAACUUCAAGAGGAGUUGGAGCGGCAACGGGAAGAGGAGGAGAUGAGGAAGAAGUCUAAAAAGGGCAAGAGGGAUUCUGGGAAAGAAGAACCUGCAGGAAAGAAAGCAACACAUAUGGCAGGAAAGCAGGGUACCAGUGCAGGCACUGUGAGACCUGAUGCCAAAGCAGACCAAAGUGUUGAUAAAAGAGCAUCUAUAAUUGAUCGUCCUGAAUCUGUAGACCAUGCAGAUAUAGAUGAGGGAAACAAGAAGAAGAAAGGAAAAGAUGUCAAAGUUCAUCUGCCUGCUAUUGAGAUGAUGCCACCCCUUUCAUCCACACAGGAGGAAGCUGAAAGGGAACCACAGAAUGAAACAGAAAAGCUACUUAUACUGCGCUUUAAGAACUAUGAAAGCAGUCAAAAAGAAGUACUUCAUGUGCUGGAAUUAUGGGAUCGUGUACAGGGAGUUAUACUUAAUCCUUCAACUUCUGAUGGUGGCCACCUAGACUCAGAGGAUCAGGCAUCAGUGGAGAGGCACCCUCCUUCUGGGAAAAAGGCCAGAAGAGAUAGAGAAAAAGAACGACAAGAAAAACUAGAGAGAGAAAAGGCAGAGAAAGAACGUCUAGAAAAAGAAAGAGUUGAAAGGGAACGGUUAAAGGCAGAAGAAAUGAGAAAUCAGUCAUCCCCUAACACCUCUAUAAUGCCAGAUGACGUCACUGAAGGAACUGAAAGAGAAGAGCAUGAUCGGAGAUCAGAGGUGGGAGUGCCCCAUAUUAACAUGGAAGUGACUGGACCUGAGUAUCCCAGUGGGAAAAUGAUACUGAAUAGUUUGAGGCUGCCUCCAUUAGAAGAGAUUUUAGAUGGCCUGGGAAUAGGUCCUAAAGGCCCUCCAGUCCCCCCAUCCUCUAUUUUCUCAAUGGUGCCAUAUCCAGCAAAGAGGUUGCCUCCUACAAACACUGACACAUUCAGCCAUUUUGUUUUUGUGGCAUUGUUACCUGAUAAUCCAUGUGUGGCUGCUGAAGAUAAAAAGGAGGCUGAAACAGACCAAGAAAAAUCAACUAGCAUAUCCGUCAGCAAGGAGGAGGAGGUAAUUCCAGUGAAAGGAAAAUCAAAAAAAGAUAAAGCAGAUACAGGACGUGACAGUCAAAAGGAGAAGCGACGUCCUCCAAGUCAAAAGAAGGGUCAUCUUGGAAGUGAUUCCCACUCACCUCCACCUGGCCGAACUCUCUCACCUCUCUCGGAUGCAGAACAGAGCAGUACCACUGGAGAAGUUGUGCAAGAUAAAAUCACCAAGUUAACUACAUUUCGAUGGAUUGUACCAGCCAAUGGAGAAAUUACUCUCAAAAUACAUUUCUUCUCUCAAGUAGUUGGCCAGUUUGAUCAGACUCUCAGCUUUGAAAUCCUGGGAACAAGAAGGCGAUACCAGAUCUACUGCAGAGGAGUUUGUGCUUUCCCUUCUAUAUGUCAAGAUCCUAAAGUUGUAUUCCGGCAACGUUUGAAGGUGGAGACCCCAGAUGCAAUACUCCAUAAAAAGUAUGUGAUGAGUAAGGGCAUGUUUGAAUUUGGCCCACUGCUGUGUGGCAAGUCAAGAGAAAGGUAUAAGGAGGGAAAAUACCCAGAGAACAUGGAAAAGUUACAGAUUGUAAACAAAUCUCCCAUGGAUGCUGAAAUUUCAUUCUGUUUCCAGUAUGAUCAGAAGGCAGCUACUUUUUUAUUGGAUCCACCUGGUAUGACUCUCAAACCGAAUGAAAAGAAGGAGUUGUCUGUGUGGGCUUAUCCAACUAGCCCUGGGCUGAUAGAAGACAACAUAGUAUGUUGUGUCCGAGAAAAUCCUGAGCCCUUGGUGUUUAAAAUAAGUUGUCAAGGUGUGCGUCCUGAACUUGAGCUGGACCGGAAACAGAUCCAUUUUGACAAAAUCCUUCUUCACAGAAAAGACACAAAAACAUUAUUUCUGAGAAACAGCAUGUUGCUUCCAGUAGCAUGGCGUAUCACUGGACUGGAGAACCUAGGAGAUGAUUUCAUGGUAUCACAAGAUCAGGGCAUCAUCCUACCAAAGUCAGAAUUCUCACUUCAUCUGCACUUCAGAGCCAUGAAGGCCGUCAAUGCAAAGAAAGUUAUUCGGCUGGAGGUGUCAGAUGUUGAAAACAUUCUGGGAAUUGUACAGACAGAAAACAUUCAGAUCUUUGCAGAGGCAUAUGACGUCGCUCUGGAUAUAAGCUUCCCAAAAGGUGCAGAUGGUGGGCUUGAUUUUGGUGUUAUUCGAGUCACGGAGGAGGCCAAGUUCUCCCUGUCAUUGAGGAACAAAGGAAAAUAUGAAAUUGGUUACAGUUUCAUUCUAGAAGCCAGUGAGCCAAUGCAACCUGACCUGAACACACUCUUUACUGUCCAACCUCCGAAAGGAUCACUUGGACCCAGUGACAGACCUACCCAAGUCGCCAUCAUUUUCAAGUCCAUAAAGGAAGUUAGUUUCAAGGAUCAGCCUAUCCUGCGCUGCCAGGUUAUAGAGCCAAACUUAGGUGAAGGUGGUUUGAUCAUUGCUAAGAUUCCUGUGAAAGUAUCAGCUCGAGCAGUCUUCUCAAAGUACAGCAUCUCCCCUUCAAAUGACAUCAACUUUGGGGCCUUGGUGAUUGGCACUCGCAAGUCAGGAAGUUUCAAUAUCGAAAACAAAGGAGAACUGGAAUUUCGAUACAGCAUUUCCAAGAUGGUUCGGGAAAUUCCUAUUCAGCACCAGAAAAGACAACCUGGUGCCAAACGCACACGAUCUCGCGAAGGAUCCACAUCUGGUAAAUCUGUGGCUCUUAACAAGCCAAAACGUAGUGAAUCCCUUCAGAAGGACAUCGGAACCAGCCAGGCACGAUUUACCCUGGGAAUGUUCACAGUGUUCCCUGGUUUUGGCAUUAUCCCUCCUGGCUCACAUCAAAAUGUAUCAGUAGAAUGUGCAGCAGAUCCAGUGGGAAAAUCCGAAGAGUCUCUUGCCAUUGAUAUUUCUGACAGAGAUCCUGAUGACCAACCCAAUGGGAUUCCUUAUUGGCUGAUUGCUGAAGCCUGCAUGCCAGCAAUUGCUGUGGAUGACAUUGCAUCAGUUUUUGAAGAACAUCGACUGUGUAAGAGCAUUAGCCUGUUCCAGUGCCUGCAAGCAGCAGACUGCUGUGGGAUCUACGUAGUGGAUGAAAAUAAAUUUAUCUUCAACAAUGUGCUGGUUGGGCGUCAGGCAAAGGCACGGUUCAAAAUAAUCAACAAUGGGAAAGUACCUUGUGAUGUGGUGCUGUCAGUGAAACCAGUAUUCACCAGCAGGACAUCUGCUCGGGUGAACGAUAUCUUUGAAGUAGAGCCUAGCCGGAUGUGUGUUCCAAGUCACUGCAGCCUGUUUGCUGUAGUAACCUUCUCUCCCCAGACAAUGCAGAGCUACCAGUGUCUGUUUGAAGCUGCGGUGGAUGGGAUGCCAAGUUCCAUUUCUAAGAGCAAGAAUUUGGUGUUUGAUAUUGUUGGUGAAGGGAACCUACCCCGUGUCACUAUUGUCCAUCCCAUUUUACGUAACAAGAGUGGGAAUCACCUGUUGCUGUUUAAGAAACUGUUGCUUGGUCGAUCAGAGACACUACCAUUGCAUUUCAAGAAUGAUGGGUCCAUACCUGCUCAGGUCAAUAUUGAUCUAUUUGAUGAGCCUGGAGUAUUCACUUUGAAACCAUGCCCAAAAACCCGAUGUAUUUAUUCUACCCAAAACUUGGAAGAAGAUGCUGGAAAAAAAUUAGCAUUAGGAAAGAAGACUCAUGCAGCUUCACUUGUGCUAAAUCCAGGAGAAUCUGUAGAGUUUGAAGUAAUUUUCAAGGCAUCUAUUGCACAGCGCUGCAGCGGACUUAUUCGCUUGACUGUGCUGGACAAUCAGUAUGAUGAAACAGUGGUGUGGCUAGUGGCAGAAGGUUUCCAGGAUGACAUUACUCUUGAUAAUAUACAUGGGCUGAUGCCUAGAACCAGCAAUGAAUAUGCAGAUGGGCAACUGGAACAAGAUGAUGUGGAAGCUGCUCGAAUGGAUCACAUUCAGUUUGGGGACUGUCACAUUGGGAAAGCAUAUCAGGUGACCUUCACAAUGACUAAUCACAGCAAGACAGAAGCUGUAAAGUUUGAGUGGCCUACAGAGGUCUCUUGUGUUCGGUUCUGUCCUCAGGUUGGUCAUCUUCAUGCUGCCUGUGCAAAGGAUAUCACCAUCUCAUUCAAGUCAGACAGCCCUCUUCUUUUUGAUAACAAUACAAUAAAAUGUAAAAUUUGUAAAAUCAGUUUUCAGCAACCCAUUGACCAGAUUAAAGACUGGGAUGACCGCCUGCGUACUGUCAAAUGGGUCGAUUGUGAGAAAUCUCAGACAACACCACGGCCAGCAAAGAAAAAGGUCAUAGAAACAGAUCCAGAGCCAGAACAUAUUGUUGUGGAGGAGAGUGUUCGUGAACUAGAGCUUCGGAUUAGUGCUGUUGUCAAUUAUGCCCAGUAUAAGUGCAAGACUGAAAGUAUUCGCUUCAGGGACACCCUAAUUUUCCAGACACGUAUCUAUGAGUUUACUAUGUCAAAUAACGGGAAUGUGCAGCUAGAAUAUUCCUGGCAGCUAGUGAUGGAGGGAUAUGGCAAAGCAGUUAGUUUUGUUGAAGGACAAAGUCAGUAUCAAGAAGAAAAUUCAUCACCUGAUAUUUCAGCAAACCAGCCUGAAAGUCGCAUACAUCAUGCAGCUAGUCGUUCUGGAAGUGUUGAGAGCAAAGCAACUUACCCUUUCAAUGACACAGAUAUCCCAGUGUUUUCAGUGGAGCCAUGCCGAGGGUUUAUUUUACCAGGAAAGAAGAGUGAAUUCCAGGUUAAGUUUUCCCCACUGGAGGUUGGAGAGUUUGAAGGCCGUCUCAUUUGCAGUAUACCAAAUCUGAAGAGAGAAGAACAGGGACCAGUGUUAUCUGUGAAGGGCCAUAGCCUUUUACCAUAUUGCCAUUUUGAACUUGAAGAAUCAGACUAUCUUUCCAGUAACAAACGCAUACCUGAUCUGCAAGGACUGCGAGACACCAUCCAAGGAUCACCACUUGACCCAAACACGAGGGUUAUUGAGAUUACUUCUGUGGGUGUCUAUACAAGAAACUGCAGGUCCUUCAACAUUAUCAAUCCAACAAGUUCCAUCUAUUCUUUCAAAUGGAUUUGCAAUGAUCCUGUAAAUCUUGGACAGCAACCUACAUUCAGAUGCCUAUCCAGCAGUGGAAAUAUCAUGUCUGGAAAGACAGUUGUGAUUACAUUUGAAUUCAUACCUCAGCAGCUGGGCAUCACAGAGUCGUUCUGGACCUUCUUAAUUCCAGAGCAAAGCAUUUCUGUUCCAUUUCUAUUGGUUGGGAAGGUCAGUGAGCCGGUAGUGUCCUUGGACCGCUCACAUCUAAAUUUUAGAGCUGUCCUGAUUGGUCAGAAGACUGAAGAGACAGUGUACAUGAUUAAUAAUGAAAAGCAAGAAUUUAAGUUUGUGUUUGAAGAAUAUUCUACAUACUCCGAAGGGCAUACAAGUAGUCUGAUGGUACAACCCAUGGAGGGCACGGUAUCACCUUUAAGCAGAAUUCCUAUUAUCAUUUCCUUCACGCCAACCACUGAAGGAGAGGUCAACUUUAAUCUUGUUUGUGAUGUGAAAGGAAAAACUGAAAACCUCUCUCUAAAUGUGAAAGCUGAGUGUUACUCCAUGAGUGCCACUGUCCAGUGUGAGACCAGUGAACAAUUAACAUCAGAACUUGGAUCGCAAACCAUGAACAAAAUAUUCUUCAAAGAAGUGGAACUGAAUGAAUGUGCAACCCAAUACUUAAACAUCUAUAACAAUGGAAAAUUCAACCUGGAAUUUUUGUGGAAGCUAUUUGCUCCUAAGGAUCUUCAGCGAUAUCUCAACAUUUCACCAGAUAGUGGGAGUAUCAAGGUUGGGCAGCAGUCACGAUGCGUGUUAACAUUUCUGCCUCUGCAACCAUGCACACUUAAGGAUACGGAACUUCAACUGAAGAUACAAAAUGGACCUGUUUUUAAAUGCAUCCUCACAGGAUGUGCUGUAGCCCCCGGUGUUCACUUCUCCUUUACCAAACAUGAUUUUGGGGCUUCUUUCAUUUACCAUGCUGGAAUGCCACUCAACAGAUGCAUCUUGGUCAUCACAAACAAAGAGGAACGAGAGAUCAGCCUAGAUUGUCUCUUUACCAAUACAUCCCACCUGGGGGUUGCUUUCCAGUCUGAAAUUCUGUCCCCAAAAGGCACAUUGGAAGUUCCUAUUACUUUCUACCCAAGAGAAGCUAUGCAAUACCAUGAGACAAUCAUCUUUGAAAUUAAUGGGCUAUCCCGACAGAAUGUGGAGGUCUUAGGGCAAGGCACUGAAAUGAAGCUAGAAGUUGUAGAACCACAGAACAAAGUGGUGAAUUUUGGGGCCGUUCGAGUUCAGCAGACAGUCAGGAAAAUUGUUUCCAUUGUGAAUAAAAGCUUGGCUCCACUGAUUUUCACCCUGGCCAUAAACCCAAGCCUGCAGGCCCUUCAGGAUUCAAAGGUACUGCGCAUGUCUCCAGCUGGUGAGAUCUCCCUGAAACCCAGAGGGGGUACCUGCAGUGUGGAAGUUCUCUUCUCUCCCAAAUGUCGCAUUUCCCAGUUUAUGGAAGAAGUAAUGUUUGAAUGUGCUGGUAUGUCCCGCUUACUCUUUGUGCUCCGUGGUUGUUGUCAAGGAGUGGAGGUCAGUCUGGAUCAGGAGCAGAUUCCAUUUGGAGCAGUUAUUCUUCGCAGCCAAGUCACACGCAGAUUAUUAAUGCAGAACACUGGAGACAUUGGCGUAAGGUUUAAAUGGGAUAUCAAGAAGUUUGAACCUGACUUUACCAUCACUCCUGUUGAGGGAUACAUCUCACCUGGAAUGGAUGUAAUCUUUGAUGUGACAUUUCAUCCUCUUGAACUGAACCAGGAUAUCCGGUAUGAAGGACUAAGCUGCAUGAUUGAAGGAAGCAAACCCCUUAAACUCACCCUAAAUGGAUCAUGUGUGAGCAUCCCCACAACCAAAGAGGUGGUGAAUUUCAACUGCCAUGUUCGCACUAAGCAGGCACAGACCAUCAUUCUGGCCAACCGCUCCAACCAGACAUGGAUGAUACAGCCACUGAUCGAGGGUGAACAUUGGAAAGGAGCUGAAAUGAUUGCCAUUGAAGCCCAUCAGCAGAAGCCAUAUGAAAUUACCUACAGACCUCUCACCAUGACACUUGAGGGUAAAAAGCAUCAGGGUUCAGUUUUCUUUCCUCUUCCGGAUGGUACAGGUCUGUUGUAUGUCUUGCAAGGAAAUUCUGAACCACCCAAAGCAUCAGGAACUGUCAAUCGAGAAGUUCCCUGUAAGACAUCCUACACUGAACUUCUCUCAGUAACAAACUGGCUACAGAGACCACAAAGGUUCCGUAUUCUUUUGGAAAUGCUGAAACCUGAAAAAUUAGAAAGCAGCACUACCCUGAAGGGAUUAGACUACAUUGAUGUUCCUGCUCUCUCCAAGAAAGAUUACAAACUCACUUUCUUUUCACACAAGGAAGGAAUAUUUAGUGCUAAGGUCACAUUCCGUAAUGAGGCUACCCAGGAAUAUUUGUACUAUUUAGUUACUUUCAGAGCAACACCACCUGGUGUUCUCAGCACUAUUGAGAUGACAACAACUGUCCGUCAAAGUACAUCUGCAACUGUGAAAGUGGAUAAUCCUCUAUCAUCCCCAGUGACAUUUACAACAGACUGCAAAUCCGCAGAAAUCAAUCUACCACCACAGUUUACUGUUCCUGCACAAUCGGAGGGAACACUGACAUUUGAAUUCCAGCCUUUGAGGACUGGUGAAUCUACUGCACGCCUGUCUUUGCAAAGCAGUGAAUUGGGUUCCUUCCAGUAUGAUCUGUCUCUCAAAGCUCUGGCAGCUGGCCCUGAGAAACCUUUGUACUUCCGCUCUGCCCUGGGAGGCAGCCAGACACUGACUGCUAAGUUUAUCAGUUUCACUCGUCAGAAAGUGGAAUAUUCCUGCAAGAUUGACAAUCCUGAAUUUCAUGUAGAGAAGACUAUCAAUGCAGCCCCCGGUUCACAGGGAGGCACUGAAGUCAGUGUUGAUGUUGCAUACGAACCUUGUUCUCUCAGUGAAUCACGGAGCCUUCUCAACAUUUCUUCACCCAUUGGAGGAGAGUACAACAUUCCACUAUUUGGGACCUGCACACCUCCUAAACCACAGGGUCCAUUUGUAAUUCGAGCUGGAUCAAGUACAUCAAUUCCAUUCAAGAAUAUCUUUCAACAAACAACUGUUUUUGCCUUUCAGCUGGAUAACCCAGCAUUUGCCACAAAGCCAAGUGAAACAAUCCGCUCCAAGAAAACUCACAAUGCUGUUGUCUCCUUUGAAGGGAAUCCAAGUGGCUCCAAAGCAUCAGUUACUGGGAAGCUGACCAUUUCCUGCCCUCGAACUGCAGGUGUGGGCCAGAAUGUAACAUGGUUAUAUUAUCUCAAAGGUGUUACUCCAGAAAAAUGAAUAUAAGACUAGCCACCUUUCAAAUAUGUAAUCAAAAUAUCUUUAGACAUUUUCAUUUAAAAGUUCCCUCCUCUUGGUUAGGAGCCUGCACUAUAAAAAGUCAUAGAAGAAAAUCAGAUCUUAAUCUUACAACAGGCCUUGGGAAAAAAGUUAUUUCACCAUGGGCUAUGAGACUGUAUGCAGCCAUUAUCAGUUCUACCAGCCCCUGUUUAAAUUUUCCUUGUAUCGUAUACUUCAUCUGUUUAGUGAGGGCUUACCAUGAUAAUGUUGUGGAUGACUGCAAUUGGUGAAAGCACUGUAUUAGAAAUAUGAGUAGUAUUUUUACAAUUAUAUUUUAAAAUAAAUCAGUCUGAAGUACUUGAAA